AUGGAUACUCCGUGGUCUACAUUGGAAUCAGGUGCUUCAUCCCCAAUACCGCCAUGGGAUGAAGUCCAGUCAUUAGAGUCCAGUUCCGCUUUGAAUCAAACUGUUACGCUCCGGGAAGGAUCGAUUGAAUGUUCGAUAAAACUGCCUCGCAGUUUGUUAUCACGGUGUUUGCAGCUGAGCAAGAAGUUCCAGGAUAUUCGAGCUCAAAGCACGACGAUAGCGGGAGACCCGUCUCGGAGCCCUAUAGAAUUAUUUUCUAAAUUCACGCAAUUCAUAAUCGACAGUGUAUUCGACGAAUCGAACGCGGAACAUCCAGACAUUCCAUUAUUAAGGGAGAUGGUGACAAUAUUUCGGCACAAGUUUCUUGGGGACGAAAAUAUUCACGCUGCUGUGGCAUCAAAUCAUAAUGAUAUACCCACGCAGCGAUCAAUCAUUCGCACAUUUUUGAAAGCCUGUUCAUUGACCGGCUCAGAACAUUCCAGCAGUGAGAGCAGGCUGCUGGUCGAUGUGCGGAAUGAUAAUGCCAGGCUUAUGGCCUUGUUCAACGGACAAGGAGUCGAAACAUACUUUGAGGAGCUGCUCGAUAGCUACAAGGCAUAUCGGGACGUUGUGGUAGAUCUCGUUUCGUCUCUUUCGGGAUGCCUAAUGUACCUUGCCGAAGAUGCUGCGAUCAAAGAUCUAUACCCAGAAGGAUUGAAUGUGCAUAAAUGGCUAGAUACGCCAGAAGCUCGUCCUAACAAUGAGUAUCUGCUUUCUGCUCCAGUCAGCGUUCCUCUUAUCGGACUAUCUCAGCUUCUUUCGUACGCAAUUACAUGUAUCAAUCUCAAAGUUUCGCCAGGAGAAUUCCGCCGGUAUCUCUCAGGGGCAGCUGGUCAUUCACAAGGUGUCAUCGUGGCAGCAUUUAUGGCCAGUGUAGACUCGUGGGAGUCUUUCAACGACAUCGCGAAGAAAGUGAUGCAAAUCCUAUUACGAAUAGGCUGCCGUACCCAGCAAUAUAGCCGCGAUGCACCGGUCUCGAAUUUGUGCACCAAUGGAGAAGCGAAGGUAUCAUCUCGAAUGCUCAGCGUCAAAGGCGGCCCCAAGCGCGGCUUACAAAAGCAUAUCGACGAGCUAAACAAAUACCUUCCUGAAACUGAUCGCGUCAGCAUUGCACUCAAUAACGGACGACAACAAUACGUAGUCGCGGGGCCACUGUUUGCCUUACAGGGUCUUCAGAAAAAAAUCGCGGAUCAAGAAAAACAAGGGCCUCAAAAUAUCGCCAGAAUACCUUUCAGCCAACGUAAGCCCGUUGUCGGCACACGGUUGCUGCCGAUCACAGUUCCAUUUCACUCCCUUCACUUAAAAGCAGCUGAAGAGCAGCUUCAGCAAGACCUGGCAUCAAUUACUCUGGCCGGAUCAGACCUUGCAAUUCCUGUGUUUCAUACAGAAACUGCGGAAAACCUGCAGAGUUCAGGCAAUGUUAUCCCGCAGCUUAUUCGAAUGAUUUGUAUCGAACGGGUCAACUGGGAAAAUGUCGUCAACAAAGCUUUUGAAGGAGUAACACACGUUCUUGAUUUCGGUCCUGGAGGAGACGCCGGCAUUGGAAACCUCGUCAGUCAGCAAAGAAAUGGGACUGGCCUGCAAACCAUUGUUGUUACGGCUGACAGUGGAUCUAAUCCUGCGCUCAGUUACGCCGCGGAUCUAUAUUCCUGCAAGCGCCCUGUCCAAUACAAACCGAUCUGGGGCAGGAGGUUCUCGCCUGAAUUGGUACAAUCACUUGAAAACUCGCCGAUAGUGAGUACAAAAUUCAGCCGAUUAUUGGGUUUACCGCCAGUUAUGGUAGCAGGAAUGACUCCCACGACUACCUCAUAUGACUUUGUGGCUGCAAUAAUGAAUGCUGGUUAUCACGCGGAACUUGGUUGCGGUGGAUUUCACAAUGCUGCGAGUAUGGAGAGGGGGAUCCGCGCACUCGCUGCCGCUAUCGCUCCUGGUCGUGGUAUAACAUGCAACCUUAUAUAUGCCAAUCCACGAGCUAUGGCCUGGCAAAUUCCACUUUUAGCGAAAUUGCGACAGUCAGGAAUUCCAAUCACAGGGCUAACAAUCGGUGCUGGAGUACCAUCUCCAGAGGUUGUAAGUGGGUAUAUCAAGGAUCUAUCUCUCACGCAUAUUUCCCUUAAACCCGGUUCGAAGGAAGCAAUCGAUUCUGUGCUCGCGAUAGCCCGCACUCAUCCGGAUUUUCCAAUCAUUUUGCAAUGGACUGGGGGCCGUGCAGGCGGUCAUCACUCUUACGAGGAUUUUCAUCAGCCCAUCCUUGACCGAUAUGGCAAGAUUCGUUCGCAGGAUAACAUCAUCUUAAUAGCAGGAAGCGGGUUUGGAGGAGCAGAAGAUACGUAUCCAUAUAUGACAGGCUCAUGGUCCCUGAAGUUUGAUCGACCCCCCAUGCCAUUUGACGGUAUACUCCUUGGAAGCCGAGUAAUGACAGCUAAGGAGGCCCAUACAAGCCCAGCUGCUAAAAUCGCCAUCACGAAAACCCCCGGUGUCCCAGAUCAGCAAUGGGAAGGAACUUAUAAGGAACCAACCGGCGGCAUUCUCACUGUUCGAUCCGAGAUGGGAGAGCCUAUUCACAAGUUGGCGACUCGAGGCGUGAAACUGUGGGCCGAACUUGAUAGAGAUAUAUUUUCUCUACCACGUGAACAACAGAGAGAAAAGCUGCAACAGCGCAAAGAUUAUUUCAUCAAGCGACUAAACGAAGACUUCCAAAAGGUAUGGUUCGGCCUGAAGGCUCAGGGCACGGUGAGCGACCUGUACGAAAUGACGUACUUUGAAGUACUGGAGCGACUCGUAGACUUGCUCUACCUUAAAGAUCAACGCGACUGGAUUGAUCCAAGUUUCCGGACUUUGGUCUGGAAGUAUACGAAUCGCCUUGAAGAACGACUGUGCCAGUCGGCAAUCGACAAUGAACCAUUUCUGAAAAACAUCACACAGCUAGACAACCCACACAAGUUCAUGACCGAACUCAGCACUCGAUACCCGCAAGCCAGUGUGGAUAUCAUCACCGCUUCGGAUGCUGAAUAUUUUAUUUUGUUAUGCCGUCAACCCGGUCAGAAGCCGGUCCCUUUCAUCUUGACUUUAGACGAAGAUUUUGAAUAUUGGUUCAAGAAGGAUUCUCUAUGGCAAUCAGAGCGUAUUGAAGCAGUGCCGGGUCAAGACGUGGAGCGAACAUGUAUUCUGCACGGGCCAGUGGCAGCACAAUAUGCAAAUGUCGUGGACGAGCCCGUAAAAGAUAUUCUGGACGGAAUUCACAACGCGCAUAUCUCGUGGAUUUUGAGAGACCAGUACAAGGGAGACACAAAACGAGUGACAGAGCCAGAAAGAACGGAGUACGGCAACCAAAAUCAUGUAGAGAGCAUAAGGGUUGACCUUGGAAUGGAUAAAAGUUCAGCAAGAUACUCUCUUAACGACGACGCAAUGGUCCCUACCCUCAAUCAAUGGCUAGCAUCGAUCGGUGGACCAUAUCCAACAUGGAAACAUUCGAUAUUCAAUGCGCAUCAUAUCGUCCACGGCCGGAAAAUUAUUGAAAACCCUAUCCGAAGAUUGUUUACACCCAAACCGGGGAGGAUAGUAGAGGUGCUAAACCCAGGAUCCGAUACAGAUGAAGAGAUAAUCCUAAAGGAAAGCAAUCAUAUGGACGGAAAACAAAAUAACCCGGUUGCGUCCGCAUGCUUGAAAAGACAGAUGAACGGAGAUAUAAUUUUGUCUCUCCUGCACCAGGCCACGGGCCGAGCUCCCGUGAAGUUGAAUUUCCAGUUUGAAUACAAGCCGGCUGCCGGCACCCUUAGUAUUCAUGAGAAGAUCGAAAGCCGAGAAGCAAGAAUCAAACAGUUUUAUCAGGAUAUUUGGAUAUCCGAUACUCCAUUAUCUUCCGAAGCGCUUGUAUUCCAGAGUGAGCCUGCUACGCUUGACUGCGAGACUAUUGUCAAUUUUGCCAAAUGUAUUCGCAAUCAGAACCCGGCCUAUACAAAUCGACAGGGUGAGCCCCUUUAUGCCCCUCUGGAUUUAGCCAUAGUGAUUGCAUGGAAACCCAUGAUGAGCUGUCUUUUCCCCAAAUGUGUAACAGGGGAUAUGCUCCGGCUUCUUCAUCUCAGCAACGAGUUCAAAUUGUGCGAUGGUGCGCUACCACUCCAGGAAGGGGACCAGUUAUCCUCAGAAGGCCGGCUGAAAGCGCUGAAAAUUAAAAAGGGGUCCGGGAAAGUUGUUCGAGCCGAAGGAAAGAUCUUUCGCAACGGUAGCCCGAUCAUUCACUUGAAAAGCGAAUUCAUACUCCUAGGGGAUUUCACCGAUUACUGUGCAACCUUUGACGAAAAGGAAGAGACGGUAUAUAUCCACCUCAACUCAAUAAAGGAUAUUGUCCUAUUGAAAUCGAGAAGGUGGUUUGUGCUACACGAAAACGUGGAUCUGAAGGAUUAUUUGCACAAACUCAUCGAAUUCAAUUUGACAAGCCAGUAUUCUUUCCAGGAUGCGAAUUCAUACUCGCGCAUUACUGUAAGGGGAUCCGUGGUCCAUAAACCGGAUUAUGGCGAACCGGUCAUUCUUGGAUUUGUUAAUUUUUCGGGCAACUCGUACAUCAAGAACCCGGUAACGGACUAUUUACAGCGCCAUGGUGGAGAAAGCGAAAGCCCUGAGACAUUCUCCGAGCCUAGACGUCUGCUUCAUAACCUGGAAGUGGAAAUUCCAGAUGCCGGAGAAGAAUAUGCACAAGUGUCAGCCGACAUUAAUCCUAUUCACCUUUCUGAACUUUUUGCACACUAUGCUGGCCAUGAGACCCGCGUCACUCAUGGAAUGUUCACUAGUGGGUUGAUUCGUGGGUUGGUGGAACACCAUGUGGCCUGCAAUGACCCGUCUAGGAUGAGAAGUUGGGAAUGCAUGUUCGAAGGCAAAGUCUGCGCAGGAGAUAGGCUCUCUGUUGAUAUAUAUCACGUUGGCAUGUCCCAUGGUAAGAUGUUACUGACAGUGACUGCACAUAACGUCGCAACGGACAUCAAAGUACUUUCUGCCAAAUCCGAGCUCCAACAGCCAUCAACCGCAUAUGUGUUUACUGGGCAAGGCAGCCAGCAGGCAGGAAUGGGCAUGGAGCUGCAUAAACAGAGUCCCGCCGCACGAAGGGUAUGGGAGACGGCCGACGAGUAUUUUCUAAGGAGAUUUGGCUUUUCAAUUGUGGAUAUAGUCAGGACUAAUCCCAUGGAGCUAACGGUGCGCUUCGGUGGCACUCGAGGCCGAUCAGUUCGAGAGAACUACAUUGCGUUGACAUUCGAUUCGAUAGACGAGAAUGGGGUCGUCACUCCAAAACCCGUGUUCCCCGAAAUAGAUCGGACAACGCGAUCUUACACCUUCAAAUCUGCAGAUGGGCUUCUUCAUGAAACCCAGUUCACGCAGCCAGCAUUGGUUCUCAUGGAACUAGCGAGGUUUGCGGACAUGGAAAGUAAAGGAGUGAUCAAAAAGGACAGUCUGUUCGCAGGCCAUUCCCUCGGCGAAUACGUGGCCCUCACAGCGAUGGGCGAGUUGUUUUCUGUGGAUGAAGUAGCGGAACUGGUGUUUUAUCGCGGCUUAUCGAUGCAGAAUGCCGUCGAACGUAACGCCGAUGGUACAACCGACUACUCGAUGUGCGCAAUCAAUCCAAGCCGAGUAGGAAGGGUAUUUCACGAGGACGAUUUGCAUUGGUGCGUGACGGAAGUUGCUAGGCAGACGGGAGGACUCCUUGAAAUCGUUAAUUACAAUAUUGUCAAUAUGCAGUAUGUCUGUGCCGGAGAUCUUCGUAGUCUCGCAGCGCUCACGAUGCUAACGGACUUCUUAACCGCUGAGCCUUCCGGCAUGGCUGAUCGGUCCAAACUCCAGGAAAAGAUCAAGUCUCUAGUUGUUCAAGUAGACAAGAUGAAGCGGCCGAUAGUGCUCCAGCGAGGCAAGGCUGCCAUACCGCUAAAGGUCAAUGUGCCGUUCCAUAGUAGCCUCUUGAAACCGCGCGUGGAUUCCUUCCGACGGUUCCUGGAACGAACCGUCUCCGACUCAAGGGUCAAGCCUGAGCGGCUGGUUGGGAAAUACAUUCCCAAUCUCAUUGCAAAGCCGUUUCAACUAUCGAAAGAAUAUAUAAAAGGCGUCUAUGCCCAUACGCAUAGCCCAGUGCUAGAAAAGGUGCUCCGCGAUAUGGAGGCCACGACGGGUGAUGCUUUAUCCGCACUCGACCGAUGCGGUCACAGCAGUGUAGAAAGUCGCGCCGAAAUUCGAGCGUGA